UUCAACAAAUCAUCAUUGCUUCCUGGCAGCCUUCAUGGCUGCUGCUUGCCCCCCAAAUUUCUUCGAAUCUGAGGGCCUCUGCUUCAACGUUAUUGACAAGCCCGGGGAGGACAUGACGUGGGAGGAGUGCAGGGGUCUGUGUGAGAAGGAGGCGGAGGGGGAGUGGAAGGCCGACCUGGCUGUCUUUGACAAUGCUGAAGAAUUGGAAGAAUUCUCCAUCACCUGGCUCGAGAUCUCGAAUGAGUACUCCGACCAUCCCUACAUGUGGAUCGGCGUGCACAAGAUGGAUGGCCAUUGGGUCACCCUGGACGGCACUCACAUCACCGAGCAGAACCUGAUGUGGCACGUGGGUUUCCCUCACGAGUCGGGCGCCCACGCCUUCCUGGAGGAUGUCACUGAGACCACCGGCAUCAACUCCUAUGGACGUCUGUACAUGAGCUCCACCAUAGUGGGCGAGCACGAGCACAACAGCCGCUGUCUCUGUGAGGCUAACUUGCCAAAACCACGCAAGCAAUAAACCGACAAGGCUCCUCCCACGGC